GACAAAAAUUGUUCAAGGCAAGGCAGGGAAUGGAUUAGAAAAUUACAAAAUUACAAAUGGCUUCCGUUUCCAACUUUCGGCUGCCGUAAUUAUUUGAAGGCAUGGUUUUUUGAAAUAAGGUCGGUCAAUUAGUCGAAACGAACGUGUAUUCAAACGAUUCAUAAAGGUACUUUUAGGUGCCGAUAACCAUGGGUAUACAAGAUCUACAAACGUUUUUAGAAAACGAAGGAGUAGGAGUAGAUCUAUUUAGAAUCGCCAGAUCCCAUCCUGGCGGAUUUAGAUUGGUACUUGAUGCGGAGGGAUGCCUUGAUCGUCUAUACGGUGGAUAUUUUUCUGAUUGGGCUUGUGGUGGCCAAUGGGCUAGAUGUGUUCAGUUCCUAACAACAUUAGCACAAGCCCUAGCUGAACAUCAAGUUGCUCUUUGUGUUUGUUUUAAUGGGGCCCAUCCUACACCACCUGCCUUACCUCAGCACUGGAUUCAAACCCAAGCUACAUAUAGACACAGAGUUAAUUCUGUAUUGCGUCACAUUGUCACAAAAGGCACACCACCACCUAAAGUAUGGUGGGUGCCACCUACAGGACUACACUCAUGCCUCAGAACUGCAUUGAGAUAUUUGAAUAUUCCAAUUAUGGUAUCUUCUGAUGAUCAUUGUCAAGAAGUUGUUGGUCUAUGUCGAGAGAAGGCUUACGCUGGGUUAGUUGGUUGUUCAGGAGAGUAUUUAGUAUUCCAGCCACCAAGGUAUUUUAGUUCAUCACAGUUAAAACUUACAUACAGAUCAUCAUUGGAGACGAAGGAGUACAUGGUUCAUGAAUUGCCUAAAGUAUUAGAUGUGCCUCAAGAUCGUUUGUGUCUGUUUGCUGCACUUCUUGGUGGAGUAAUAUUAUCUGAACAAAGUCUGACUGACUUUUAUAAACGACUUGGAAUUAAUCAAAAGAAGCAACAAGUUCCUCCAGAGACAUUAAUUAAAUCAAUUGGCCAAUUUGUCCAUGAUUUACCUUCGUCAGACAUUGAUUCCGCUUGCAUUGAAAUCUUUGGUGAUCUAAAUGAUCUCCGUGCUGCUAAACUUAAACAAGCCGUACAGUAUUAUUUUAAUGGAACCAAAGAUGGCUUCCUCAAGUAUAGAACUGCUUCUGGUCGUCGCCCAAAGAGUAAUAAAAAGAGCCAAAAACCUGAGAUUAGUCCUCAAUCAACUUCAGCAGAUCUGGACACCUCCAAACUAGCAGCUGAGUCAUCAGAGCAUGAGCAAAAAGGCUUGGACGAUUACAAAUUGGCCACAGCAAAUGCGUCGAUGAACGCAGACUUUAGCUUAGAAGAACAUUGUCAUGAGUUGAGUCAUGGAGUAGCUGCAAUGACACUUGAAGCAGAUGGAGAGCCAACCAAACCACAUCAAAUGGGGAAAACAAAUAAUAAAAUCGAGAAAUCAGCAUCCAAGGAGGGAGUCCAAACUGUUAGCGCUAAUUUGCAAAGUGAAGAUAAUUGUCCUAGUGCCCCAGCUGAGGUACUCCGUACAUGUGCGGAGCGCCACACCCGUGGUUUGAUGCACCCACAGAUGCUUUCCAUACUAACUCAUAGGCAAAUUACUUUGCCUGUAUUAAUGGAGGACGACAAUCAUAGAGAGAUACCCUCUAUACACCAUUUCUACAGACCAAUACGUCAAAAUGUGUAUGCUAUAUUAUACAAUAUGCAUCAUCACCGGUUCAUGGCUCAAAAAGCUAAAGAGGAAGGUACAGCUUCCGCUAGCAGUGAACGCCCAUGCACAGUACAAGUAGCUGAAUGGAUUUACUCUAAAGUAAAUCCAGGUAAAAGUCCAGAAGUUGUACCCGGAGUUGUUCUUGAUUGGCCUGUGCCUACUGUGCAAAGACUUUGGUUUGGGACUGCACAAGAUGACAAAUGUCGCCGUAUGAGAGCUUUCCUCUCUUGCAUGAAAUCUGAUACGCCACUUAUGCUAAAUACCUCUUAUGUUCCACAACAUCUAUUAAUUUUAGCAACUGUGCUAAGAUUCAUCAUGACAUCUCAAAUACAAAUAUUAAGACGACAGGAGUUAGAUGCGUUUUUGGCUACAGCUUUCUCUAGUGAUCUCAUGAAUGCUCUCCACUUGCAGGAGAUGACAGUGAAUGGUAUCAGCUCUCGCGGCGUUCAGCUCGGUGCAUUGGUGAUGGCCGGCGCGGAGGCGGCGCUCCUGGCGAACGACGCGUGCGGCGCGCCCGUGCCGUGGCUCGUCGCCGCGCCGUGGCUGUACUUCGACGGCAAGCUGCUGCAGCGCAACUUGCACCGCGCCAACCACUGCAAACAUCUAGCGCAGCUUUGCGACAACCACCUGGAUACUGUUGUUAAGGUGGAACGCAUGAGAAAAGCUAUACUGGAGGGUCUUGAGGUGGAGUUCGCUAUGCCGCCUCUCCCACUGGUGGGCGUGGUUGGCGAGCCGCUGGGCUGGCGCGGGCGUGGGCGCGGCGCGAGGCUGGAGAUUGCCGGAGUUGUGGUCGGACAGUGGGGAGGAGGCAGCUAUCCGCCACGCGCUACACGAUACCCACAGGUGAGCUACGUGGGCUACACGCCGCCGCCGCGCAACGCGUACAGCGGGCGCGGGUGGCGCGGCGGGCGCGGGCGGGGGCGCGGGCGCGGCGCGGGGCAGCCGGCGCGGGGCCGCACGCGCCGCGCCCGCCGCGACACGGACGAGCCCGCGCGCCCCGCCACGCUCACCGUCAACGGGAGAACUGUGAGGUCUGACGAGAUGAGUCCUCCCGCCGACGAUGGAAGCCCGCACGAAGACAACACUGCUUUAGACAAUGACGCUGAAGGAGCACAGCAACAAAAAACAAAGACUGGAAAAAAUGCCAAGAAAACCAUGGGCAAGGGCAAAAAGAAAAGCGCUGGGAAGACUGAUGUGGCUCAAUCCUUGGAAGCAAAUGGGCCGCUUGAUAAGAACAAGGUGGUGGAGCAAUCUAAUAUCUCUGAUAAGGAGCAUAUUGGUCAGGGCGACGCGCCUGUUUCUAAUUAACUUAUUUUUUUAUUUUAACGAGGUAAUUGUUGUUAUGUAUUUAUUUACAGUCUUUUUAUAGCAUACUAUAUUUAUUUCAUCUUUUUCCGUAGUUCUGUAGGUUUUGUAAUGAAAGCCAAUAAUAAUUACAAUUGACUUGUUUCAUCUCGAGUUGUAAAACAAAUCUGGCACUAGCCAGAACAAUAUAUUAAGACACCGGUUUUGGGCAACAUUUUUGCAGUAAGAUAGCACGUAUGUCGUAAUUUAGCAAUGUAACAACAUUAGAAAGGUAUAACAAUUAAUCUUGUUGCCGAUAAGUUGACACUAAAGUAUACGUGCCUAAACAUCUAAAAGACUUCCCGAUGUUGAGACUGAUUUUAUAUUAAUUCGACACAGUUAGUGUUAAAUUAAUUGUAAUUUCGAAGAGAAUCUGACAUAACGAGCGAAUUUAAACGCUUUUAUCCGAAUACGACUUUACGCUCAGGGUGUUUUGUCAAAUGUUGUGACGAGAGCUAUACAAUAUAAAAGAUCCGUUUCAAAAGUGACAAAAUAACGAGUCAUUAGCUUUUUGAGGCGUAUAGAAUUGUCUUUAAAAAAGAUAAACGCCUCGACAUCCAUUACGUGACAAGUGAUAUUUAGUGAAUAUAUAUUUAAAUUAUCAAGUUGAUUCUUAAGUCAUGUUUUAUUAAAAGUGAUAUGACUUAGUAAGUAAUGUGUUUAUUUUAGCAUAUGAAUAACUGAGUCCGCAUUAUUUAUUUACACAUAGUAUAUUUACAAUUUACCAAAAUGUCUUAUUUUUAAGCCCGGUUUCGUCUAUGAAAUCAAUUAUAAUAUAUACCUUAAACAGUAUUUUUUUCUCCUUAAAUGAAACAUAUUUCGCAACGUUUAAUAAUAUCAGUUGAUUACCAUAUUCUACACCUGAAAAUUGUAUGAUUAUUAUUUAUAUUUUACAUGAGUUAUAUGAAACCUGAUUUAAAUUUACACGUCUUAUUUAGCAAAUAAAUCGUCUUGCAAAUCGAUUUCAUAGACUAAACCUAAUGUAUUCAGACUUGUUUUUGGUAAAUCUUGGUGUAUAUUUAGGCGUUAUUGAAUGAAUGUGAGAUUGUUCUGUAAAUGUAUCGUUAUGACAUGCUCUUGCAAACUAUCAGCAAUAAUCUAUUAUUUGAUAAACGUUUGUGCCUUGAACUGCACGGUUAAGAAAUUGCAUAAUAUAAUAAAGCUUUAUGCAUAAGCGUGUUGAAACGAUAUAGCGUAUAUUGUUACAAUUGUUGAAAAUUUUGUCCUCCUGAUAUCUUUUGAUAUACUAUUUUCGUAUGCACUUGUUUGUCGGACAUUUGAUAACAUAGUGGUAGGAGGAUGAUGAAAUUAGGAUUAAAAAUCGCAUUUAUUGAUUGAUGGUUGGUGCUUUGAAAAUUAGUCUGUGGGACUGCCUGAAACGAGUCUGAAACUUAUAGAUAUAAGUCUAACGCUAGACCUUUAAUGGAACUGAAAGAACAUUCGCGUGUUGAGUUUUCCACAUCCUAUAGGGUAUUAUUUCGAUAGAAUAUCGUAGAGUUGUUAGUGAUAUAUUUAUAUGCAUUUUAGGAAUCUCAAGACUGCGAAUGUUCUUCAAUUUAUAUGUAUUUUUGUAAAUUUGUUAUAUUGUUAUACUUAAAUUUAGCUGGAAUGACUUACAAGAAAUACAUAAGACAAAGUCUUAUUGUUUACUCGAUUGGUGAAAAAAAACUGUUAACAUCUCAAAGCAACAUUCCAUAUUAUCCAAUGAACGUUCGUAAUGCCUGUAAAGUACUAAACAGUUGACACCAAUAGAGAAUGGAACUAAUGAAGACUUUACAAUUUGGAACGCUUUAUUCCCUGGCUGGAACAGAGACAAAUAUGUUGCCAGAAUAACAUAUUAAUUUUAACAAAGGACACAUGAUCGGAACAAGUCGAAAAUAUACAUUGCGACGAUACGGUCGUUAUAAGUGAUCGCCAAACAAAGUAUAAUGUCAUAAUGCAACAGACUUUAUAUCCGUCGCAGAAGCGAUCGGUUUAGCUCGUACCGUCGAGCAGCCGGCAUGCGGCCGGCUCGCGAGCAUCUAGCAGUCGUUUCGCACGACGCAAACGAAACUUAUAAUAUAAACAUUUAUAUAUUAUUGCUUGCUUAUUCAUAAACACAAUAUUGUAGAGUUAGAAUUUUAACUUCAAUGUAAUUUCAUUUUAUUAAGAGAAUUGUGUAACGUCAAAGCAUGUUUAGUGGGGACGGUUAUAUUUCAUGGGAUGCAUGUAUAAGAUUAGACGGUUUAUAACUAAUGGGCACUAUUUACAACAAACUUUUAUCUUACGGAAAUAAUAUAAUAAAUUUCCUUUUUAUGUUAAUGUACCGUACGUGUGCUGCUUAAAUGUUUAAAUGUCACAUAUUUCAAAAUGUUAUAUUAGCGCUGAUUCCGAGAAGGAAGUAGUUUUUAUUUUUAUCUUAAAACCAAUAUUCCGUAUAGUUUUAGAAUAUUCAACAGUAUAAUACCUUUAAUCCAUCUUAUAAACUUAUUUGCUGACAACGGUCACUUAAUAUUUGUCAACAUAUAAAAUAUAUUAGAAGUAUUCGUCAUAUUCAUACCUUUUUCGUAAUUGAGUAGCAACAUGGAACUGUGGCUUUUUGAAAACACUUAUAACUUAAAACAUAAACUUGCUGUUAGAAAGGUUUUAAAAGAAGUUCAUUACUGUUUUACUUUAUGAACAUUUAACUAUUGGAAGAAAUUAAAUUGUAAAGAGUUGUAUUUGUCUUCAAAUAAAAGGUUCCAUUUUUAACAUGUUGUUUUAUUUAGUCAUUCAAAUUAAACCUUUUAUGAAUAUCGGUAAUUGUCGUUUCCUCCAGAUUAGCCAAGUGAUUAAUGACUA